AUGGAAGCAGCUCCUGGUCCUCCUCCACCUCCCCCCAAUGUUUCAGGUCUGCCAGUUUUUAACGUCUACCCUCAGUCAGGGGGAAAUCUGAACACUGCAGAUGCGGUGUACAUGGAAGCAGCUCCUCACCCUACUACUCCACCCGUUGUCCCAACUCAGCCAGUGUUUAACAGCUUCUCGGAGACAGUGGGAAAUCUUAACACGGCAGAUGCUUUGUACAUGGAAGCAGGUCCUCGACCUCCACCUUCACCUGUUGGCCCUGCUCAGCCAGUGUUUAACAGCUACCCGGGGACAGUGGGAAAUCUGAACACGGCAGAUGCUUUGUACAUGGAAGCAGGUCCUCGACCUCCACCUUCACCCGUUGGCCCUGCUCAGCCAGUGUUUAACAGCUACCCUCAGACAGUGGGAAAUCUGAGCACUGCAGAUGCUUUGUACAUGGAAUCAUCAGAUCCUGCUCGUUCACCCGUUGGCCCUGCUCAGUCAAUGUUUAACAGCUACCCUCAGACAGUGGGAAAUCUGAACACUGUAAAUGCGGUGUACAUGGAAUCAUCAGCUACUGCUUCUUCACCCAUUGGCCCUGCUCAGACAAUGUUCAACAUCUACCCUCAGACAUAUAUGCAAAUGUGGAUGCCAGGCCAGGACAUGUCUAUGCCUGUUGUAGGAGUACUGAAUGGAGAGGUGGUGUAUGGAAUGACACCAGGAGGAAACUUAACGUCUUUUACUUCUGCGCCUACUAAGAAGAAAAAACAACUAAAGCUAGAGGAUCAGGAGCCAUAUAUUAGGAGGCCGCCUAACGCCUUCAUGCUGUAUCUGAAGGAGCAGAGACCAAACGUUAUAGUUGCAGAGAAAUCGCGCUCGAGCGACACAAUCAACAGUGCCACAGUAAACGCUAUCCUUGGACAAAAAGUAUGUAUCUUUGCUUUGUAG